AUGAAGACAAUAAAACAAUUGCACUGGGUACAUCAAAAAGUAAUUAUAUAGACCCACGUAUUUCUUCUAUAGCAUGGUCUAAAAAGUAUGAAGUACCAAUUGAUAAGGUUUUUAACAAAAGCCUUCAGGAGAAAUUCCAAUGGGCAUUAGAUGUUGAUGCAGAUUGG